AUGAAGAAGGAGAAGAACAGCAGCAACAACAAGAACAAAGCCGGACCGAAUUCAGGAGCAGGGUUAUCCAAGAAGAAGAAGAGUGUCACCGGCGCUGCCCCCAAUUUCAAAAAGAACGUCUCGGUCACCGCCCCUGUCAAGAAGACGGCUCCCAAGCCCAAGAAGGUCGAGGUCGUUCCUGAGGGUGCCACGUUGGAGGACUUUAGAAUCGUCGCAGGAACCUAUGAGAACAUCCUUUAUGGUGUUGAUGCUUAUUGGAACGAGGACAUGACCUUGAGAUUGUCGCCAGUCUUCAUCUUCUCCGCACACAUCGGAUGCAUCAAAUCACUAGCGAUCGGCGGGCAUCUCCUCGCCUCCGGAAGCACGGACGAAAAAAUUCAAUUGUACGAUCUUAAGCGCAGGAAGGAACUCGGUGCAUUAUUGCAGCACCAGGGCACGAUCACUUCGCUCACCUUCCACAAUAAGACACACAUGCUCUCGGGAUCCGAAGAUGGCAAGGUCUGUGUCUGGCGAUCGAAGGAUUGGGAGUGCCUCAAGAGCAUGAAGGGACAUCAGGCCUCGGUCCAUUCGAUCGCUAUCCACCCCUCUGGAAAGAUUGCGCUGAGCGUCUCGGUAGAUCAUUCGGUCAGGCUGUGGAAUCUGUUGUUGGGCAAACAGGCGAGCAUGACGAGGUUGCAGGCGGAGGGAUUGAAGGUUGCAUGGAACCCUAGUGGAACGGGGUACUCGAUUAUGUUUGAUCAGGAAAUCGGUAUCUACGAUAUGGCUACUGCCAAGUGUAUCCGUACGAUCAAACCCGCGAGGAAAACCCGUUUGAACACUAUGGCCUAUUACAAAGAUGACUACCUCAUCGUUGGCUACGAGGACAAGAUGGUUCGCGUCUACAACACAUCCACGGGUGAUCUCGUCAAGACCCUGGUCGGACAUGCUACCCGUAUCAAGGCCCUCGAUCUAGUCACGGUCCCCUACACACCUGAUGAGAAAUCCAACAAGGGCUUUGUCGGUCGUCCCGAGACCAAGAUGAUCGAUCUCUUGACGACGGCGUCCUCGGAUGGAACAAUUUUAGUCUGGAAUCUUGAGGACGUCGUGGCCCCAGCUGCCAAUGCAGAUGAUAUCAACAUGAAGAAGCACAUUGGAGAGCACAAUACCGAUAUGAGAGUCACCAGCUUGGCGACUCAGAAGGGUAUCUGGAAGAAUGUCGGUGUUGAGGCUGUCGCUGGUGGUGGACAGGAAGAGGAAGAGGACGAGAGUGAAGACGAGGAAAUGGAGGGUGGGCAACCUAAGGAAGACUUAGUUAAGGACGAAGAGGAGGGUAGCGAAGUCGAUAGCGAAGAUGACGAAUAG